CAUAAUAAUCAGCAAAGGCACUUGUUGGAUAAACUUUUUUGUUAAUAUGUACCUCUCCCGCCUCUUGCUCCUAGCCACGGCGGUGGCGACGACCGCCACCGCGUCCUCGUUGACCAUCACCAUCCCCUCGACCAACGUCUUGCCGAACCCUCAUGUUCUCCCCGCAGGAACUCACGCAACACUAACAGCUGUAUCGAGGGGAGAUUCGGAAGGCAAAGAAUCCCCGAUAGAAAACCUGCUUACAGCCUCUCUCACCCGCUCCUCAACCUUUGUCUUCCGCAAUCUCCCAGAUCUGUCCGGCCCGGAAUCGUACCUGCUCGACAUCCGUUCGGCGGAAUACGUCUUUGCGCCCUUCCGCGUCGAUGUCGACGCUCACGGCUCUGUGUCGGGGGUCUGGGAGACUUUCCGCGGUAACGCGUGGGACAACCGAGGCGGGGAACGGUAUAUUCGUGGCGAGAAUACGGAUGUGAAUGCCAACGUGGUGAUCGAGGCGAAGGUCCUUGCCAGACGGACUUUUUACGCUGAACGACCUCAAUUUUCUCCGCUCGAUCUGUUCAAAAACCCGAUGAUCCUACUUGCUGUCGUUGCAAUGUUAUUCACUUUCGGCAUGCCCAAGCUCAUGGAGAACAUGGAUCCUGAAAUGCGCGCCGAGUUCGAGAAACAAUCCCGUGCCUCACCUAUUGCGGGCGCUGGCCGCUCUGCCCCCGGUGCGGCGGCCGCGAAUUUCGAUCUCGCAGGCUGGAUGGCUGGUACGGCGCCGGGGCCGAUGGCUGGGAUGGAUUCGGGGAAGGCAAGUGCUUCGGGUAGGGAGAGCGAGAGAGCGCGCAAGAGGUGAUUCGCCUAGACUUUUUGGUAUACAAAGUAUAACUGUAUAACCACCUAGGCGAAUAGUUUUAUUAAAAGCAGAGGAUAUAUUACAUUAUAGCAACAUAAUGGACAGAGACAUCUCUAUCCAGGGUACCUGGU